UGAGCCACACGCCUGUAACAGGAUAGACACGCGACUGAACGAAUGAACCGGAGACAUCUAUAUCUUUCCCUUUCUCUCUCGUUUGAAUCCAGACUUGAGAACUGAGAUCCAAGCCAAACCUUGUAUCAAUAUCAGAGAGCGUAACACUUCUUCCUGCAGCCAUCUUCAGAGAAGGCAGUAACAUGGACAUCUCCACGGGGGUUCCCAAGCUUAUGUCCCUCCAUUUAUUAGAAGAAAUUACAGAUGGCUUCUCUAAGCACCGGAAACUUGGAGGGGGUACAUAUGGAGAUGUUUAUCUGGGAGAGCAUAAAGAUGGAGUGAAGAUUGCUGUGAAGGUGCUUAAAGAUACUUUAGACCUUAGCAAUGAGCAAUUUGAAAAGGAGUAUGGCAACCUUGCAAUUCUAAAGCACAAAAAUGUUGUCCGGUUAGUUGGCUCUUGCAAUCAAACCAAGGAAGAAUGUGUACCUCACAAUGGAAUGAUGGUUAAGGCUGUAAAAGCUCGGAGGAUGCUUUGCUUCGAGUAUAUGUGCAACGGAAGCCUUGACAGUUUUAUUUAUGAUACAUCUAAUGCAUGUAAUUGGCAUACACGCUAUGGGAUAAUUAAGGGGAUAUGCGAGGGCUUGGAAUACCUUCAUGAGAAAUUAAAACCUCAUCCUAUGUUUCAUUUAGAUUUAAAACCAGCCAAUGUAUUAUUGGACGAGAACAUGUCACCAAAAAUAGCAGAUUUUGGCGUGUCAAGGCUAUUCUUAGAAGAAAACACAAGAAAGACGAACAGUAAACUAGGAACACCUGGGUACAUACCACCAGAGUACAUAGACCGAGGUUUGAUCUCAACUAAGUUUGAUAUAUUCAGCUUGGGUGUCCUGAUCAUAAAGAUAAUGAUGGGACAAGAAGCCUACUUCAGAAUUGAUGAUAUGUCUUCCCAAGAGUUUGUUGAUUUCGUACACAUGAACUGGAUGAGUAGGCUACAAGGGCCACAUGCGUAUUCUAUACAAACAAGGAGUUGCAUCGAAAUAGCUCUAAGUUGUGUUGAGAAAGAUCGACGCAAAAGGCCAAGUAUUGGUGCAAUCGUCAGUAAUCUAAAUCAGACAGAGUAUGGAAUCCAGAUUUUUGAGGCACUAAAAAAUGGCUUGGACCACCAGUUGUGCCCUUGCAUUUGCAAUGAGAAUGAGAUGCUGCAUAACCUGGAAAGCAAAUCGAUCUCUUACCCACUCCAUGUAACUGACAAUAAUGGUAGGGUGCACGAAGCAACAAUAACGACUGCUGGUAACACGUCAACCUUUCAGCAGCCGGUCAAACCGAGAAUCAAGAUCAUAGACUGCAUGGACGGUUUGAACUUCAUUACUACAAUGGACAUGCAUUCAACAGAGCCUUGGAUAUUGGUUGUUCAUUACAAUGGGAAUGUCUCUAUUUGGAACCAUCAUAACCAGACAAAAGUGAUGACAUUCCGAGCUAAAACAGGACUGCUGACAUUCGGAGAUAAACCACACAUCUGGAUAGCUAAAUUCGUUGAACCGUUAAUGGGUUUUGUGACCGGCGAUGGUCAAGGCUACAUCCACGUGUAUUCAUAUGAAAAAGCGGAGAAGCUGCGGAAGUUUAGAGCUCACACGAAAAACGUCGCCUCACUGGCGGUUCACCCCAGUGAGCCAUUAGUGCUCUCGGCAUCUUGGGACAAGCUGAUCAAACUUUGGAACUGGGAGGCUAGCUGGCAGUGCAUACGGACAUUCCAAGGACACUCGGACAUUGUGUGGCAAGUCAAGUUCAACCCGCGGACUGCGGGAAACACUUUUGCUAGUUGCUCAGAAGACUCCACGAUAAAGAUGUGGAACAUGGAUUCUCCUACUCCCGUUGCCUCAUUCGUGUGCGAUCAACGCUUUGCUUUCGGUCUUGAUUAUUUCUGCCCGGGCGGGGCUUUGCAGUAUUUGGUUGCACACACUGCGGUGAAGGGGAGUGCACAGAUCUGGGAUUUGCAAUCAAAUACAUGUAUUAAACUUAUCAACGGACUCAAAAAAUUCGGCUGCAAUAUUGCUGUGGUUGAAGGUCCCUCAGGUCGUCCGAUUCUACUUACGGUGUCAGAGGACGGCACUGUUGCUUUUUGUGACUCAACAACUCACAGGUAUGAGAACAGGUUUAACUUUAAUUUGGGACAUGUCCGGGGCUUCGCAUACAUUAAAAUGACAAAAAGCCUCGUCGUCCUAUGUCGGAAUGGAAUUGCAAUAGUGGAAAUCAAUUAAUCUUCCACAAAGAUCCAGCUUCGAGCCAAGGUGACAGCGGUGGUUUUUGACGUUUACUCGGUACAGUACACUGUAUGAUGACAAUCUUGGUUGUCUUCGUGGAUCGUUUUGUAUCAGUCAACAUCUACAUUUUUGCAGCUAUCGCGCAUUGGAAUUUUAGUGGAUACCAUCAUCUUCUAUUUGUAUCUGCACCAAUUUUAGCGGAAGAGCUAUAUAGAGAGAGAAGAAAACAGGCGUCUCGCAUCGCCCAUGUUCCUACCCGGAAAAGGCGAACGGAAACACUGCCCAACCGCGUCCGUGCUUCCAAUUGCAGAAUGCGGUAUUCUUCAGUGAUCAGUCCGCUACAGGGCUUCAGUGUUCAGUAUUUGGGUAUGUUAUAUUGAACAACGCAGGGGCUUGAGGGUUGAACAUUGAACGCCAAUAGACGCCCUUAGCUAAAUUGA